AUUCUUAUGGUGUAUAAUUUUAGAGAGUAUUAUAAUGUGUUUGUGGAGUGAUCAAAAUGACGAAAUUGGAUGAAUUUCUAGAGGCAAAUGCGUGUUUGAAAUAAUAAGGAUGAAUCACACCUCUAGAAGACAGAAACUCGAAGCUGCUCUUAACAUUUUCAAAUAGGUUGCCAAACAGGUUUCAAAAGUGGGUGGAGAAUUUCAAAUUUAGAUCAUGUGUAGCACUGCUGAGUUUCGAUCAUGCCACCUGUAGUCAUACCGUAUAAUGUAUAGACAAAUUAGAAGUUGGAUGUACAAUAGGUAUGAUGAAAAUAGAGGUUAUCGGACAGAAUUUCUUGCCGGUGUUGCUGAAUUUCUCGCUUUUGCACUUGGACAAACACAAUAUAAGGAUGGUGAUAAAAUAAGAUGUCCUUGCAUUAAGUGUAAAAACCUUAAAUACCUUUCUUCUCAGAGUGUUGAAUGGCAUUUGUGGACGAGAGGCUUUGUUGACAAUUAUUAUAAUUGGACUUCUCAUGGCGAGCCAUUCGACCCAUCACUUUUACCACAAACAGUAGGUUCAUCUCGUCAUGUUCCUAAUGAAAUGGGUGAAUGGGGAGAUUAUGAUCAAAUGACAUGGGGCCAUCAAAUGGUAUACGAUAUAUUUGGUGCUUCAACCUCGCAAUUUAACCAUAAUGUCGAGCCAUUGAAUAAUCCCCCCCAAAGCCAGAGCUCUAAUGUCCCACACGGCGAUGAGAAUCCAAGCUCUUAUGUUCCAUAUUAUGUUGAUGAAUUAGGAGAGAGAUUCCAAGAUGUCUUAAAAGCAGCCGAUCAACCUCUUUAUGCCGACUGUGAGGGUCACUCUCAACUAUCGGCAGUUACAGAGUUGUUAAACAUAAAAUCUGAAUAUAACCUUCCUGAAAAUUGCAUGUCUAGAUUGUUGCAGUUUGUUGGGGGGAUGUUACCGCGUGAUCAUAGUCUUCCCAGUACAUAUUAUGACAUGAAACGAUUAGUCUCUCAGUUGGGGCUUCCUGUUAUAGAAAUUGAUGCGUGUCCUUCUGGAUGCAUGUUGUAUUGGAAAGAUGAUGAGAUACUAGUUAACUGCAAGUUUUGUGGAAUGGAUAGAUACAAACCUCUUCCACAAACUCGCAAAAAACCGCGGUACAGGUCUGCACUGUCUAAAUUAUUUUACCUCCCUCUAGCUCCACGAUUGAAGCGAAUAUAUGCUUCAAACGUUACUGCAAAACACAUGACAUGGCAUGUGGAGCAUGAAACUAAAGAAGGAUUGAUGUGUCAUCCUUCAGAUGGGGAAGCUUGGAAACAUUUUGACCGUUGUCAUCCUCAAUUUGCAAUGGAGCCUCGUAAUGUUCGUCUGGGAUUAUGUUCAGACGGUUUUGCUCCAUAUGGGCAGUUUGGAAGCAAGUUUUCAUGUUGGCCUAUCAUGUUAACUCCGUAUAAUCUCCCACCUGAUAUGUGCCUGAAGAGUCAUUUCAUAUUUUUGUCUUUAAUUUGUCCAGGCCCAAAAGAUCCGAAAAAGAGAAUAGACAUUUAUCUACAGCCUCUAAUCGAGGAGAUGAAAGAACUUUGGACUGUUGGGACACCAACAUAUGAUGUCUCUCGAGAUCAAAUGUUUAUUAUGAAAGCUGCCAUUAUAUGGACCAUUAGCGAUUUUCCAGCAUAUGGGAUGCUUUCCGGAUGGAGCACUGCUGGUCUUUUGGGAUGUCCAGUUUGUAUGGAAAAAUCUGGUGCAAUCUUUCUUAAGCAUAGUCGCAAACCAAGUUAUUUCGAUUGUCACCGCAAAUUUCUUCCGGCCAAUCAUCGCUAUCGAAGAGAUAAGAAGUCAUUCUUAAAGGGAAGAACUGUACGUGACCCCCCACCCCCUAGGCUGUCUGGAGAUCAACUUUUGAAUCGUGUUCGACGUAUUCCUACAGCUAUGGAGUUGCCAAACCAAAAUCCUGAAGGUUUUUGCGUUACACAUAAGUGGACUAAAAGGAGUAUAUUCUGGGAGUUGCCUUAUUGGAAAGACCUUCUCAUUCGCCACAAUCUUGAUGUGAUGCAUAUUGAGAAGAAUGUAUUUGAUAAUAUCUUUAACACUGUCAUGGACUUCAAAAAAAAACAAAGGAUGGUGUAAACUCAAGAAAGGAUAUUACAGUGUGGUGUGAUAGACCUGAACUUGGUGUUGAUCCUGAAUACCAAGGUAAAACAAUUCCAAAAGCAAUUUAUCAACUCACAAAGGAGCAGCAAAUUUUAAUAUUAAUGUGGCUAGGGUCUCUCAAAUUCCCGGAUGGAUAUUGCUCCAAUUUGUCGAGGUGCAUAGACGCAGAAAAACUUGUCAUGAAGGGCAUGAAAAGUCAUGAUUGUCAUGUAAUCAUGCAAAGACUUCUUCCAAUUGCUUUAAGGGACAUGCUUCCCCCAAAUGUUUGGAAUUGUAUUACGGAAGUUAGUUUGUUGUUUCAAACAUUAUGUUCCACUGUUUUGGAGACUGAAGCGCUCAAAGAACUAGAGAAAAGUGUUCCCAUCCUAAUGUGCAAUUUGGAAAUGAUUAUGCCUCCAUCAUUCUUUGAUACAAUGGAACAUUUGCUAGUACAUCUUCCCUAUGAGGCCAUUAAUGCCGGUCCUGUCUUUUAUCGUUGGAUGUACCGCUUCGAGAGGUUUUUGAGAGACUUGAAAAAGAAAGUCACUAAUAAAGCACAUGUGGAGGCGUCGAUUUGCCAAGCUUAUCUGACUCAAGAAAUCUCCACAUUCUCGUCUUUUUAUUUUGAGCGGGAUGUGAUUACUAAAAGAAAACGACCAGCCCGAAAUGACGACAUUGGUGAGGACUCAUAUGAUAAUGUAGUUUCUAUUUUCAAUUAUCCAGGUAGAGGCAAAGGAGCCGCAACUUACCGCUACAUUAUCGGUGAAGAAUAUCUGAGGGCUUAUACAUACAUUUUAAUGAACUGUCAAGAAAUUGAGCCAUUUUACAAUGAAUUCAGAGCAUCACGGUCUCAAUUCCCUGAUCAUAUAAUUGAUGAGAUGGUGAAUUCCGAAUUUGCAUCAUGGUACCAGAAUAAGAUACGUAGCUGUGACAAUGUUGACCCCAUUCUACAAUCUUUAGCGUGGGGACCUACUACUCAUGCCAAAGUUUGGCACUCAUAUGUUAUAAAUGGUUACACCUACCAUACACGCGCUUAUGGUGAGGACAGACCCACAAUGAAUAGCGGAAUAUGUGUCCCAACAGUUGGGUAUGAUAAUUCCGAAACAAACUUUUUUGGCUUUUUGGAAGAGAUUCUAGAACUGAGUAUGCCGCGAGUAAAACAAGAACUAUCAAUUGUUCUUUUUCGAUGCACAUGGGUUGAUCCGAUACGAGGUGUGAAAAAACAUUCAAAAUAUAACAUCAUUGAUGUUAAUCAUUCUAGAGUGUAUCGAAAAAAUGAACCUUUUAUCCUCGCCCAACAAGCUGCACAAGUAUAUUACGCCGAAUAUCCUUCGACGCGACAAACACCGAAUCCGUGGGUCUGUGCAUGCACUAUCCGCCCUAGGAAAAUUGUCACACAAGCUCAGCACAAAGACGUUGAUUUAGAUGCUUUUCAACAAGAGUAUUUUCAGCCACCGCCUGUUGUUGAAGCUAUCACAGAUAACAUUGUGUUGAGUGAUCCAAGCGGGGCAGAAAUCGAAGUUGUUCUACCUAAAAAUACUUCGUUCCCAAUUCCUCAAACAGAACUAGAGAUAGUUCAACAACAAGAGGAAGAAGAAGACGAAGAAGAAGACGAAGAAGAAUGGAUAUCUGGUGAAGAUACAGAGGAAGAAAUUAUUUAUGAAGAAGAUCAUGAUUCUGAAAGCGAUUAAUUGAUAUUUAUUGUAUUACUCAUUCUACGAACUUAUUGUGGUACUUGUAUUUAUUAAUUUAUGUUGUCAAUAAUUCUCUAUUUUUCUUGUUACUUGUCGAAUAUCUAAUACAACUCAUUUAUAGUUGUA